AUGUCCACGCCGAGCGUCCACUGCCUGAAACCCUCGCCUCUGCACCUGCCCUCUGGGAUGCCAGGGUCCCCAGGCCGCCAGCGGCGCCACACACUCCCUGCCAACGAGUUCCGCUGCCUCACCACAGAGGACGCUGCCGGCGUGUUUGAGAUUGAGCGAGAGGCCUUCAUCUCUGUCUCCAGCAACUGCCCCCUGAAUCUGGACGAGGUCCCGCACUUCCUGACCCUAUGUCCCGAGCUGUCCCUGGGCUGGUUCGUGGAGGGCCGCCUCGUGGCCUUCAUCAUCGGCUCCUUGUGGGACGAGGAGAGACUUACUCAGGAGUCGCUGGCACUGCACAGGCCCGGGGGCCGCAGCGCCCACCUGCACGCGCUGGCCGUGCACUGCAGCUUCCGGCAGCAGGGCAAGGGCUCUGUCCUGCUCUGGCGCUACCUGCACCACGUGGGCGCCCAGCCGGCCGUGCGCCGGGCCGUGCUCAUGUGCGAGGACGCGCUGGUGCCCUUUUACCAGAGGUUCGGCUUCCAUCCCAUGGGCCCAUGUGCCAUCGUUGUGGGCUCACUGACCUUCACGGAGAUGCACUGCUCCCUGCGGGGCCACGCCGCCCUGCGCCGGAACAGUGACCGCUGA